AUGGCUCCCUCUACCAUCAAGCUCGCCUCCGGGCACGAGAUGCCCCUUGUUGGCUUUGGCCUCUGGAAGGUCCCUGCCGACCAGGCUGCUGAGACUGUCUACAACGCCAUCAAGGCUGGUUACCGACUCUUCGACGGAGCUUACGAUUACCAGAACGAGAAGGAGGCUGGUGAGGGUAUCAAGCGCGCCAUCAGCGAGGGCCUGGUCAAGCGUGAGGACAUCUUCGUCACCACCAAGCUCUGGAACAACUACCACAAGCGCGAGCAUGCCCUGGCCAUGGCCAAGCUCCAGAACGAGGCCUGGGGUCUCGGAUACAUCGAUCUUUACCUGAUCCACUUCCCCGUCUCUCUCGAGUACAUUGACCCCGCGACUCGACGAUUCCCUGCUUGGUGGAUGGAUGAGCAGGGCACCGUCAAGCCCGACAACACUCCUAUCCGCGAGACAUGGGAGGCUCUCGAGACCGUCGUCGACGAGGGCAUUGCCAGGUCCAUCGGUGUCUCCAACUUCCAGGCUCAGUCCCUCUACGAUCUCCAGCGAUACGCCCGCCACCCCGUGUCCUCCCUUCAGAUCGAGCACCACCCCUACCUCGUCCAGCCCGACCUGAUCGCCAUGGCCCAGGAGAACAAGAUUGCCGUGACGGCCUACUCUUCCUUCGGCCCCCAGAGCUUCAAGGAACUCCCCGGUAUCUUCUCCAAGAGGGCCCACGGUGCUGAGCCCCUCCUCGAGGCCGAGCUCAUCAAGGGCUUCGCCGACAAGUACAGCAAGACCCCCGCCCAGAUUCUCCUCCGCUGGGCUACCCAGCGUGGCAUUGCCGUCAUCCCCAAGUCCAACAACCCCAACCGCCUUGCCCAGAACCUCGACGUGCUGGCCUUCGACCUCACCUCUGACGAGAUCGAGAGCAUCUCUGCCCUGGACCGCGGUCUGCGCUUCAACGACCCCGGUUUCUACCUGCCCAACUACCCCCUGCGCAUCUUUGCUUAG